CCCCCCCCCUUUCAAUAUUUCCUUUCCUCUCCCUUCCCUUUAUCUUCCUCGUGUAAUCAGUAAGGAAAGGCUUCAUAGGCCAAUUUGCUGUGGCGCUGCAGAGUCCCUGUUCUGUGUUGAUUGUUCAACUACGACGUCCCCUUUCAUAAAGUGCAAAAACAGCCAGUCAUCGAGGGCUGUCCAUCCUCCCCUCAUCCCUCCCUCAUCAGUUCCACUUUGUGAACUUGACUAAGACCUGGACUGAAGCUCAGAGUUUCUGCAGACAGAACUACACUGAUCUGGCCACCAUAGAUGAUGACAUGGCAGAUAUGAAGAAGCUCAAUAACACAUUAUCAGCAGCUGGUUGCAGAGGAUCAGCCUGGAUAGGAUUGUAUAACAACAUCUGGAGGUGGUCUCUGGGAAACACAGAGUUAGAGGGGGAGGGGUUUUGGGCCCAAGGACAGCCAAAUAUUGAUCCCAACAGCAAAGAUUUCUGUGUGUGUAUGAUGCUAAAUGGGUCUUGGUUUAAUAACAACUGUAACACAACAUCGAAUUUCGUCUGCUAUGACAAAAAUGCGACCAAUAAGUACAUUCACAUCAAUGAAUCUAAGACUUGGAGUGAUGCUCAGAGCUACUGUCGGGAGAAACACACAGACCUGGCCAGUGUGAGGAACACAACAGAGAUGGAGGCCAUAAAGACUAUCACACUAAAACAUGACAAAAAUCAAACAUACAGAGCGUGGAUUGGCCUGCAUAAACCUCUUGGAGUCUGGAGGUGGUCCGACCAGAGUGGCUCCUCCUACAGAAACUGGGACUCAAACGAGCCAAAUGGGGCAGGUGUGGGAAAGGAAGGAUAUUUCUGUGGAGAAGUAAUAUCGUCUGGAAAGUGGAACGAUAAAAUAUGUACUCAUACACAACCCUUUAUUUGCUACGAUGAUGAACUGGUCCUGGUCUCAGAGAACAAGACGUGGUCAGAAGCCCUGCGACACUGCAGAGACCAGAACAUGGAGCUGGUGUCUGCCCACAAACAGAACAUCCAGCACUGGGUUCAACAGAGAGCCAAGAAGGCCUCCACUCCCUUCGUCUGGCUGGGCCUGAGGUACACCUGCACUCUGGACAUCUGGUUCUGGGUCAAUGGAGAAGAGUCCUGCUACCACAACUGGGCUGACGGGGAGGGCUACAACACCAUGAAGGAGCAGUGUGGGAACAUGGGGGCCAUUCAGAGAGACGGGGGACGGUGGGUCGGCAAGUCUGAGACUGAGAGAUUCAACUUCAUCUGCAGCAACAGUACUGAUUACUAGGACCAGAGCCUGUUCUCUGGACCAGCUGAACCGUACCGUCCAGAAUGUUCCAGACCCUGUUCUCUGUAGACCAGCUGAACCGUACAGUCCAGAAUGUUCCAGACCCUGUUCUCUGUAGACCAGCUGAACCGUACAGUCCAGAAUGUUCCAGACCCUGUUUUCUGUAGACCAGCUGAACCCUAAAGUCCAGAAUGUUCCAGACCCUGUUCUCUGUAGACCAGCUGAACCCUACAGUCCAGAAUGUUCCAGACCCUGUUCUCUGGACCAGCUGAACCGUACCGUCCAGAAUGUUCCAGACCCUGUUUUCUGUAGACCAGCUGAACCGUACAGUCCAGAAUGUUCCAGACCCUGUUCUCUGUAGACCAGCUGAACCGUACAGUCCAACACAUUGUUCCA